AUGGUCCCGCCGCCCGCCACCAACAAGCCGCACGUGUGCCUCUCCACCAUCCUCAUCAUGAGCAGCAUGGCGCUGAUGGACGCCUACCUGGUGGAGCAGAACCACGGCCCGCGCAAGAUCGGCAUCUGCAUCAUGGUGACGGUGGGCGACCUGUGCUUCCUGAUCGUCCUGCGCUACGUGGCGGUGUGGGUGGGCGCCGAGGUGCGCUCGGCCAAGCGCGGCUACGCCAUGAUCCUCUGGUUCCUCUACAUCUUCGUGCUGGAGAUCAAGGUCUACUUCAUCUACCAGCACUACAAGGCCGACCGCAAGAGCCUGGACGCGCUGGCCCGCAAGGCCCUGACUCUGGUGCUGUCCAUCUGCAUCCCCGUGCUCUUCGUGGUCCUGGUGGCCAUCGACCACAUGGAGUACGUGCGCGCCUUCAAGAAGCGCGAGGAGAUCCGCAACCGCCUCUUCUGGGUGGUGGUGGACCUGCUGGACGUGCUGGACAUCCAGGCCAACCUGUGGGAGCCGCAGAAGAAGGGGCUGCCGCUCUGGGCCGAGGGCCUGAUGUUCUUCUACUGCUACAUCCUGCUGCUGGUGCUGCCGUGCGUGUCGCUGAGCGAGAUCAGCAUGCAGGGGGUGAACAUCGUGCCGCACAAGAUGAUGCUCUACCCCAUCCUGAGCCUGGUCACCAUCAACGUGGUGACGCUGUUCAUCCGCGGCAGCAACAUGCUGCUGUACCGCGACAACCGCGUCUCGGGCAUCCUCAUAGGCAAGAACGUUCUGGCCAUCAUCCUCAAGACGUGCAGCUUCGUGCAGUACCGGCGGCAGAUGCAGAGCGCGCCGCCCGCCUUCGGCGUGGAGCUCCAGAAGAACGCCGCCGCCGCAGCCGCCGCCGCAGCCAAGAGCCGGCCCAUGCACGUGGCGUCCCCCCAGGUGAUUAUGCAGGACCAGACGCCCUUGCCCGAGGUCCCCCCUUGCGAGCACACAUGA